GCGGGGACGGCGGGGAGAAGGCGCGAGUGCUCGGACACUUGGCUUCGGAGCCGUCCGGGCCGCCAGGCUUAGGAAGGGGCUGCCUCGGUUGCCCCUCGGGGAGUCCCAGGGUCUAGAUGGGAGGUAGAACGAAAGGGGGCGUCGGCUUAGGGAGAGCCUGCCUCGGUUUCCCCGUGGGGAGUCCCGGGGUCUAGAUGGAAGGCAGAAGGAAAGGGGGCGUCUUGAGGAUGGGGAGCACCCUGGCGGGCUACGGCUCCGGAGAAUGAGGUGGCUUGGGGAUGCGGGCGGAACUCCCAGGCCCCAGGAGCCUUUGAGGUCAGGAGAGAGCUGUGAUUUGGGGUGAGGGGCUGUGGAGGGAGAGCCUGCGGGAUGAGAAGUCCUGAGGCACCUGGCCGGCCUGGGAACGAGGAGGCCAGGCUUCAGAUCUCCCCCAAGGCUACUUGCUGUGGAGUCCCUUCCUCUCUCCGGGCCUCGGUUUCCUCAUCUUUCCCAUACCUGUGAAUAGAAGGGUGUGAGAGACUGCCUGGAUGACUUCUAACCCCAUCAGCGACCUUGUAACUCCUGGCGGUCUCCUGCCUCCUCCUCCCCCUCCGUGGGUGCCCAGACCCCUCCUCGUCCCUCAAGCCAGACAGGCCCACACCAGGGGCUGCCCAGUGUCACAUCCUCUGUGCCUUUGGCCCUCUUCUAUGCCCGGCAUGUUGAGAAGCAGCCGUCUGGUUCUCCUUGCUUUCUAGCAAAUUAAAAACCCACCAAAUCCCCUGGGGAGGGCCUCCCACAGCUGGACCCCUGGCACUGAGUCUGCUCUCGCUUCUCUCCCUCUUUCUGAGCCCUUAGCUUCUCCCUGCCAAUGGCCUUGGUCUCCCUGUGGGCUGUUCCUGGCCAUAGGGUGCUUGUUCCAUAGAGGGCAAAAGCCUGUCGUAUCACCCAUCCCCGGCCCCGUGGUGAGGAGGACCUGAGUGACGUCCCAUGGUCUCUGCUCUCCUGUCCCAGUCGCUCCACCCCUAAGUUUGUUGCUUACUCAGAUCCCCUUUGCCAAUCUGCACACUGGGAUCUGAGACUGGAAGGGACCCCACCCAGCCCACCUCCUCCCCGCACAGUGCAGGACGCCUCUGCUGCAUUUGCUCAGGGACAGCGAGCUUGUCUCCUUUGUGAGGUGGCUGUUCAGUGUCCUGUGGCUCUGGUUUCAUCCAGCUAAAAUCUGUGCCUUGCAGAUUCCGCCCCUUGGCUGCAUUUCUGCCUCCUGGGAACUGCAGAGUAAAGUCAUUCUUUUAUUCCUUCAAACAAUCUUUAUCAAUGCACUGGGUGAGACACUGGGAAUAUUGCAAUGAAAAAAUCAGACCCAACUCCCUGCCCGCGUGGAGUUCUUACUCUAGAAAGGAGUGGGAAGCAGUCAAAUAAGCAAAUAUAUGAUAUGCCGGCUGGUGGGAGGUCCUAUGGAGAAGAGUAAAGCAGGCAGGAAGGAUGAGGUGUUGGGGUGGGUAUUGCAAUUUUAUAUCGCAUAGUCAGGGCUGGCCUCCCUGAGAUGGUGACAACUGAGCAAAGCCUUGAAGGGGGGCGUGAGCUGGGGGCAGGGGGACAGUGCACUUGCAGAGGGAAGAGCAAUGCAGAGGCCUCCAGGCAGAAGCAUGACGGACAGGAGCAGGUCUGGCUUGUUCUAGGAACAAGGAGGAGGACAGUGGUUGGAGCAGGGUGGGUGAGGAGCCCAUGGGGGAUCAGUAGGAAACGAGUGCAGAGAGAGAAGGGGGGAUGUGGGGGUCAGUGCGUGGGACCUCGAAGGUCACAGUGAGGGUGGGGUUUUCACUGAGUGCGAUGGCAGCAGAUGGCAGCAGCGAGGAGCAGAGCCACCUGCUCUCACUCGGGGAUAGCAGGCUCGGCUGGCUGUGGUGGGAGAGUAGACUGGAGGACGUGAGGGCAGAAAGCGGGGGCCAGCGAGGGGUUUGCUGUUGUCAUUCUGGGGAGAGCCCAUGGGGGCUUCUACCCGUGCCCAUGGCACAGAGGUGGUGGAAACAUCUCAGAUUGUCAGAUUUGGGGUAUGUUUUGGAGAUAGAAUCCAUGGAUUUGGCUGCGAGAGAAGAGUGGAGUCAAGGUGGAGUCAAGGUGGAGUCAAGGACGACUCGGAGGGUUUUGGCCUGAGCGUCUGGAAGUUUUGAGCUGCCGUCAACUUCAGGCAUCCACAUGAAGAGGUCCAGUAGGAGCCGGGUGAGGUUUCGUGGAGAGGUUGGAGCCGGAAAUAAAUUUUGGGCGUCCUCGCCCUGUAGCUGAUAUUUAAGGCCGUAAGAGCCAGUGGGCUCACUUAGGGAGAGUGAUACGGAGGAAAGCGGUCUGACCAGGGACUUACUCCCAGUGUGAGGAACCAGACAAGGAGACAGUCAGGGCAGCCAGUAGAUGGGUGGAGAAAUCAGAGGGCUGGGCUGUCCUGGAUGCAGUGCGGAAAGUGCUCAGAGGAGGAGGGAGGGAGUGAGUAUGACAGCUGCCUUUGACAGAGCAAGCAAGACGGGGGCUGAGGACGAAGCAAGGUGGACCUCACUGGUGACCCCGAGGGAAGCCACAGAGGCCGGGUUGGCAGGGGGUGGGAGGGGAGGUCUUGAGGACAGCAGUACAGACGACAGACAAGGAGUCCGGCUGUGAAGGGGGGCAGAGAAAUGAGGUUAGGGCUGAAAGGGGAAGUGAGGGUAGAGAGAGGGCUUGACUUUUAGAAUGGAGGGACGUCUGCUUGUAUGCUGGUGGGAAAUGCUUUCCCAGAGGGACGCUGGGUGAAGGGGGCGAGAAUGGAGGAUGGCUGCAGGAGGUCGGGGGAUGGACCCAGUGCCCCAGGGAGGCUCGGCCCUGCUCAGCCGGGACAGUGCAAAAGCUGGCCGUCCCUGGGCCUCCCUCCGGCUCCUGUGUGCAGGCGCCCAGUGGACUGAGAUUUCACCACUGAAGCACAUUAACUGGCUCAGGGCCCCAGAGAAACCAGGCAGGCUGUGGUCUCAGGAAGGAAGGGAGUGUCAGGGCUUGGGGACAAGGGAGGACCCACGUGGGUGGCCCCUUCUGCUGGGCCCUCUCCUUCAGCAAGGAAGUGCCCCUUUCUUCGCAUGGAUGGGCUUCACCUUCCUGGAGGAGAGACUGUAAUGGCUCCACAAGUGUAGUAACUGACGUGGAAAAGAGACGGCAAGGUGAUAGACUGACGUAUCUAGUCUGAAGAGGGGGGUUCUGAGCAGGCGAUCAAGGGCAAGAGGCAGGAUUUCAGGGACAGUUUUCAUGAAAUAGGUGAUGAGUGGACAUCUCUUUUCUCUCUUUCCCAAUUUAAACUGAAGCAGGAGAAACUUAAGUUAGAUAUAAUGAGGAACUUCCUGAGCAGGUUAGUGAGGCCAGCAACAAGGCCAGAUCCUCCCCACUGGCUGUUUAAGAUGAGAAGGGACAAUGCCUGCUCAGAGACAGGGGCCUGGCCAAAUUGGUCCUUGGGGAUUCUCCUUGCUCUGAGGUUUCUGGGAGAAGGCCAGGGCAGAGAUGGAACUUUCUAGCUGCUGCUAGGAAGACAGAGUUUCAAACCUUGUGGCUUGGGCCCGCCUCUCCCUCCUGGUGUCCACAGAACCCUGAUGUCGCUGGCUUGGGUGUGUGGGGCCCGAGCAUCCAUUGGGCUGCCCCAGACUUGGUGUGUUCAGGAAGGGCCUGUUCACUCACAGCUCAUCCCCUUGUGGGCGUGCACGUCUGUGGGCGUGUCUCAGGUCCCAGCCUGGUCUCUCAGUACAGGUCACAGUGGAUGCACAAGGCUUUGUGCCAGAACUGCUGAGAAUUACUUAUGUCUGCACAGCUGGUUGGCCAGCUCUGGCUGCUGGCUCAUCCUUCCGGGGUUUCCCCGGGCAGGAGGUAGGGUCUGUGGGCAGAUCUAGGCCUGCCGGUCCUGCGCCUUUGCCUUCUUGCUCAAGGCCUGCCCGCCGAUGACUUGGCCAUCUUGCUCUGCCAUGCCUAAUGAGCUCUGCUGGAGGGCGGGAUGCUCCAGGCUCUCCCAAUGCGGAGGAGAGAGCAGCUGUCGUCCUUAGGGAUCCCCGGGGUGCGAGAAGCCAGCACAGUCCUGUCUCUUCCUAACUUUCAACCUCGUUAAUUCCUGGCUAUGCACAUGCCCUCCGAGCGUUGGGUCAGAAGGAGAGGACUGACCCCAUUUCUGGGCUGUUCCCGUUUCCGGCCCACAUCCUUGGACCCUGUGACACUCGCAGAACAGAACCUGCUGAGCGACUCUCUGCUGCUUGGAACCCUCCCAGGGCUUGGAGCUCCGAGAGAUCGAGUUCCCUCGAAUCCCCAGAACCCGGAGUCUGACGGCUGAGGCCUGUGUGAGCCAGUGGCAGAGGCGACAGCAUGUAACGUGUGGUGGUUGUGAAAUGUGCACGCAGGAGGCUUUCCAGGCGCAGAGGAGCCAGCUGGUGGGGCUGCUGGUCUCGGGGUCCCUGGAGGGCUUCGAGAGUGUCCUGGAUUGGCUGCUUUCCUGGGACGUCCUCUCCUGGGAAGACUAUGAGAGCCUCAGCCUCGUGGGCCAGCCCCUCUCCCACUUGGCCAGGCACCUCCUGGACACUGUCUGGAAGAAGGGUGCUUGGGGCUGUGAACAACUCGUCGCGGCUGUCCGGGAGGCCCAGGCCGACAGCCAGUCUCCCGAACUUCCUGGGCACUGGGACCCCCACUCACCCCAGCCAGCCCAGGACCUGCAGAGUCACCGGCCAGCCAUUGUCAGGAGACUCUACAGCCAUGUGGAGGGCGUGCUGGACCUGGCGCACGAGCGGGGCUUCAUCAGCCGGUACGAAUGUGAUGAAAUCAGGUUGCCCAUCUUCACGUCAUCCCAGCGGGCAAGAAGGCUCCUCGAUCUUGCCACAGUGAAGGCGAACGGACUGGCUGCCUUCCUUCUACAACAUGUUCAGGAAUUACCAGUCCUGUUAGCCCUGCCUUUCCAAGAUGCCGCAUGUAAGAAAUUCAUGUCCAAGCUGAGGACCACGGUAUCUGCUCAGUCUCGCUUUCUGAACACCUAUGAUGGGGCAGAAAAUCUUUGCCUGGAGGAAAUAUACACAGAGAAUGUUCUGGAGAUCCGGACGGAGCUGGGCAUGGCUGGACCCCCGCAGCAGAGCCCUGCCACCCUGGGCCUAGAGGAGCUCUUCAGCACCCGUGGCCACCUCAACAAAGAUGCGGACACCGUGCUGGUGGUGGGCGAGGCGGGCAGCGGCAAGAGCACGCUCCUGCAGCAGCUGCACCUGCUGUGGGCUGCGGGGCGGGACUUCCAGGAGUUUCUCUUUGUCUUCCCGUUCAGCUGCCGGCAGCUCCAGUGCCUGGCAAAACCACUGUCCGUGCGGGCACUGCUCUUUGAACACUGCUGUUGGCCUGACCUUGGCCAGCAGGACGUCUUCCAGUUUCUCCUUGACCACCCUGACCGCGUCCUCUUAACCUUCGAUGGCUUUGACGAGUUCAGGUUCAGGUUCACGGAUGGCGAGCGUCACUGCUCUCCGACCGACCCCACGUCUGUCCAGAAUCUGCUCUUCAACCUUCUGCAGGGCAACCUGCUAAAGAACGCCCGCAAGGUGCUGACCAGCCGUCCGGAUGCGGUGUCGGCAUUACUCAGGAAGUACGUGCACACGGAAUUCACCCUCAAGGGCUUCUCGGAAGAGGGCAUCGAACUGUACCUGAGGAAGUGCCAUCGCGAGCCUGGGUUGGCUGACCGCCUCAUCUCCCUGCUCAGAGCGACCUCAGCCCUGCACGGUUUGUGCCACCUUCCUGUCUUCUCAUGGAUGGUAUCCAAAUGCCACCAGGAGCUGUUGCUGCAGGGUGGGGGGUCCCCAAAGACCACCACGGAUAUGUACCUGCUGAUCCUGCAGCAUUUUCUGCUGCAUGCCUCCCCACCAGACUCAGCCCCCGGUGGUCUGGAACCUGGCCUGCUUCGAGGCAGGCUCCCCACCCUCCUGCACCUCGGCCAGCUGGCUCUCUGGGGCCUGGGCACGUGCUGCUAUGUGUUCUCAGCCAAGCAGCUCCAGGCAGCACAUGUCGACAGUGAGGACAUUUCUCUUGGCUUCCUGGUGCGUGCCAAAAGGGCUGUGCCUGGGAGUGCGCCCCCCAUGGAGUUCCUGCACAUCACUUUCCAGUGCUUUUUUGCUGCAUUCUACCUCGUCCUCAGUGCUGACGUGCCGCCAUCCUCCCUCAGAUACCUCUUCAGUUGUGGCAGGCCAGGCAGCUCGCUGCUGGCCCGGCUGCUGCCCGCCAUGUGCGUGCAGGGCUCGAGGUGCAAGGAGGACAGCGUGGAAGCUCUGCUGCAGGAGGCCGAGCCUCACAACCUCCAGAUCACAGCCGCCUUCCUGGCGGGACUGUUGUCCCGGGAGCACCGGGGCCUGCUGGCCAAGUGCCAGGGGUCUGAGACUGCCCUGCGCCAGCGCCAGGCCUGUGCCCGGUGGUGCCUGGCCCGCAGCCUCCACAAGCAUUUCCACUCCAUCCCACCAGCUGUGGCAGGUGAGGCCAAGAGCAUGCAUGCCAUGCCCGGCUUCAUCUGGCUCAUCCGGAGCCUGUACGAGAUGCAGGAGGAGCGGCUGGCACAGGAGGCUGUGCGUGGGCUGGAUGUCGGGCACCUCAAGCUGACAUUUUGCAGCGUGGGCCCAGCCGAGUGUGCUGCCAUGGCCUUUGUGCUGCGGCACCUCCGGCGGCCUGUGGCCUUGCAGCUGGACCACAACUCUGUGGGCGACGUUGGCGUGGAGCAGCUGUUGCCUUGCCUCAGCGUCUGCACUGCUCUUUACUUGCGAGAUAAUAACAUCUCAGACCGAGGCAUCUGCCAGCUCAUCGAACGUGCCCUUCACUGCGAGCAGCUGCAGAAGUUAGCUCUGUUCAACAACAAGCUGACGGAUGGCUGUGCACACUCCAUGGCCAGGCUCCUUAUGUGCAAGCAGAACUUCCUGGCCCUCAGGCUGGGGAAUAACCACAUCACUGCCGCGGGAGCCGUGGUGCUGGCCCAGGGGCUCAGAGCCAACACCUCCCUGCAGUUCCUGGGGUUCUGGGGCAACAAGGUGGGUGAUAAGGGAGCCCAAGCCUUGGCUGAAGCCUUGGGUAAUCACCCCAGCUUGAAGUGGCUCAGCCUGGUGGGGAACAGCAUCGGCAGUGCGGGUGCCCAAGCCUUAGCAGUGAUGUUGGAAAAGAACGUGGCGCUGGAAGAACUCUGUCUGGAGGAGAACCAUCUCCAGGAUGAAGGUGUGUGUUCCCUUGCUGAAGGACUUCAGAGAAAUUCAAGUUUGAAGGUCCUGAAGCUGUCCAACAACUGUAUCACCUACCGAGGGGCAGAAGCCCUCCUACAGACCCUUGAACGGAACGACACCAUCCUGGAAGUCUGGCUCCGAGGAAACACUUUCUCUCCGGAGGAAAUUGAGAAGCUCAGCCACAGGGACGCCAGACUCCUGCUUUGAUGUCUCUGGGCCAGUGUUCCUCUCACUUUGUUUGCAAGCAGGCCGGGGGUUUGGAGCCCAGCGGCUGGAUUCCAUCUGGCAGCAGCCGGUUCUGGCAGAGGAAGGAGCAUCGGCGCCCUUCGGAAUAGACUUUUCCACAGCCUACCUUUGCCAUCGAGUUCUUCCCGAGAUUCCAUCCAUGGGAAAUAGCAGAGGGGCAGCCCCGGCUACGUCAUGGGCUAGCCUCCUGCUGAUCUGGCAUGGGUCCGUGGGCCACGCAUGGUACUGAGCACCUCCUGGGGUAGAGCCCUGGGUCCACGUGAGAGGCUCCUUCCUACUUCCUUCACAAGGAAGCGGGAUUCAGGAAGAAACUUUCUGCCAUGUCUCAACUCAUGGUCAUCCCUCACAGCUGUUCCCCACAUAUGGUUCCUCCACUCAUCCUGGACCCCGCACAUGGCACUUCCUCUGUGGUUGAGGAUUCAAAAUAUUGGUGUCUUCGGCUUUGUUAUUUCCCUAAUAGCCACGCCCUACCCGCUACCCUUGUUACCCAGAGUGGGAGGGGCUAUAAUUUACCCUGCUUUCCUUCCUGGUAUUUAAGACAUUAUUGGAAGGGGACACGCGGCAGCCAUUUAUUCCCCAAGAUAGUCUAGAUUUGCAGGAAAAAUAUGACCACACUACAGCUGGUAUCACACGUGGACUUUUAUUUCCAGUAAAAUCAAUUACUCUUUGGUUAA